AUGGCUGCGACGAAGAUUGAUGGCACGGCCAUUGCUAAGAGCAUUCGCGAGGGAUUGAAAGCGGAAAUUACGAAGAUUCAAGAGUCAAAUCCCCGUUUCAAGCCCAGUUUGGUCAUUUUUCAGGUUGGCAACAGAUCGGAUUCCAGCACAUAUGUGCGCAUGAAAUUGAAGGCCGCCGAAGAGGCAAAUAUCCUCUGCAAGAUCAUCAACUUCCCUGAGUCGAUCACGCAACCCGAGAUAAUCCAGGAGAUUACGAAGGCAAACAAUGACCCCUCAGUGCACGGCAUUCUCGUUCAGCUCCCUCUCCCAAGCCACUUGUCCGAGCACGCAGUCACCUCGGCCGUUGCCGAUGAGAAAGAUGUUGACGGUUUUGGGGCUGUCAAUAUCGGAGAGUUGGCCAAACGAGGUGGCCAUCCCCUCUUCGUUCCUUGCACCCCCUUGGCCGUGAUGGAUCUGUUGAAGGCCAGCGGCGUGGACCCCGCGGGCAAGGAGGCAGUGGUUCUUGGUCGUAGUGACAUCGUCGGUAGCCCUGUCAGCUAUCUUUUGAAGAACGCCGACGCAACAGUGACUGUCUGCCACUCCAAGACUCCUGACAUCCCCCGCAUCGUGAAGAAUGCGGAUAUCGUCGUUGCGGCCAUUGGAAAACCGGAAUUCGUCAAGGGCGAAUGGUUGAAGCCUGGCGCCGUCGUUAUUGACGUUGGUAUCAACUACAAGCCUGACGCUUCGAAGAAGUCUGGUCAGAGACUCGUCGGAGAUGUCGACUAUGAAUCCGCCGUUGAGGUGGCUUCGCAGAUCACUCCCGUGCCUGGCGGUGUCGGUCCCAUGACAGUCGCCAUGCUUCUGAAGAACGUGAUCGCUUCGGCUAAGGCAUAUUUUGAGAAGCAGAAGGACAGACACGUUACUCCGCUACCUCUCAAGCUUGUUCAGCCUGUUCCUUCCGACAUUGCCAUCUCCCGGGCUCAGUACCCCAAGCCUAUCACUCAGGUCGCCUCGGAGGUGGGCAUUGCCCCCCACGAAUUGGAACCCUAUGGCCACACCAAGGGCAAGGUCAGUCUGAGCGUCCUGGACCGCCUGUCUCACCGUCGUAACGGCCGAUAUAUCUUGGUUUGUGGUAUUACCCCUACACCUCUGGGAGAAGGCAAAUCGACGACUACUAUUGGUCUUACUCAAGCUCUCGGUGCGCAUUUGAACAGAAUUGCUUUUGCCAAUGUUCGGCAGCCGAGCCAGGGCCCUACCUUUGGAAUUAAGGGUGGUGCUGCUGGCGGAGGUUACAGCCAGGUCAUUCCCAUGGACGAGUUCAACCUGCAUCUGACGGGUGAUAUUCACGCGAUCACUGCGGCCAACAACCUUUUGGCCGCAGCUAUUGAGACUCGCAUGUUCCACGAGGCGACUCAGAAGGAUUCUGCUCUUUUCAAUAGGCUGGUCCCUGUGAAGAAGGGCAAGCGGGAAUUCCAGCCUAUCAUGUUCAGGAGACUCAAGAAGCUGGGUAUCACCAAGACUGAUCCCAAUGAGCUCACCGAGGAAGAGAUUCGCCGAUUCGCGCGUCUUGAUAUCGAUCCUUCCACCAUAACCUGGCGUCGUGUGCUGGAUGUCAACGAUCGACACCUUCGUGGCAUUACAGUCGGCCAGGCCCCUACUGAGAAGGGCUUGUCACGUGAGACUGGCUUUGACAUCUCGGUGGCCAGCGAGUGUAUGGCCAUCUUGGCGCUGAGCAACAGCCUUGAGGACAUGCGUGAGAGACUGGGGCGGAUGGUUGUUGCAACUUCCAAGAGCGGCGAUCCCGUUACUUGCGACGAUAUCGGCGCUGGCGGCGCGCUGGCGGCCCUCAUGAAGGAUGCCAUCAAGCCCAAUCUGAUGCAGAGCUUGGAGGGCACGCCUGUGCUCGUCCAUGCCGGGCCCUUUGCUAACAUCAGUAUCGGCGCCAGUUCUAUCAUUGCUGACAAAUUGGCAUUGAAGCUUGCCGGUACUGAACCCGAUGAGGAUCAUGAGGCUAAUACUGGUUUUGUGGUGACAGAGGCUGGUUUCGACUUCACCAUGGGUGGUGAGCGCUUCUUCAACAUCAAGUGCCGGUCGUCUGGCCUCUCUCCCGACUGUGUGGUCAUCGUUGCCACUGUCCGGGCUCUGAAGGUUCAUGGUGGCGGUCCUGAAAUUAAGCCCGGCGCCGCGUUGCACGAGGUUUACCGCACUGAGAACACUGAGAUCCUCCGCCAGGGCUGUGUUAACCUGCGGAAGCACAUCCAGAACGCCAAGCACUAUGGUGUUCCUGUGGUUGUGGCUAUUAACCAGUUUGAGACGGACACGGAAGCCGAGAUCGCCAUCAUCCGUGAGGAGGCCAUUGCCGCGGGUGCCGAGGAUGCGAUCCCCGCAAACCACUGGGCCGAAGGAGGUGCUGGCGCUGUGGAUCUGGCCAAGGGAGUUCUGGCGGCUAGCUCCAAGCCCAAGGACUUCAAGCUCCUGUAUGAUCUGGAGGGCAGCAUCCAGGAGCGCAUAGAGAGCAUCGGAAAGAUCAUGUAUGGGGCGGAGAAGGUCGAGUUUAGCGAGUUGGCGCAGAAGAAGGUCGACACCUACACCGCGCAAGGUUUCGCCAACCUUCCGAUCUGCAUUGCCAAGACCCAGUACUCUCUGAGUCACGAUCCUGCUCUGAAGGGCGCACCGACGGGAUUCACAGUCCCCAUCCGUGACGUUCGACUAGCGGUUGGAGGUGGAUAUCUGUACGCUCUUGCGGCGGACAUUCAGACCAUCCCCGGAUUGCCGACUGCUCCGGGAUACCUGAAUGUGGAUAUUGACACCGAAACCGGGGAGAUUGAUGGUUUGUUCUAG